GACAUUUAACGUCUCUCCAAGACCAAGCCACGUGUCCAAGUGACGUAAUAUCCACAAGUGGCUUCCUUUAAUUUGGACACUCUCCAAAGUCCAAACCAUAUGCCUUGAUCUUCCUCUAUAUAUACUCUUCAAUUCAUUACCUUAUGAUUUCAUCUCUCAAUUCUAUGUAUGAAUGUUACUCUCCCCAUUUUUCUUCUAUCAAAUAAAAAAAAAAUCAUUAAUUUAUAGACGUUUUAUCAAUAUUAAAAUACAUACAUAAGUCAUAUCAUUUACUUCAUAAAUAAAAUCUAGUACAAUCACGUUAUAACUUGUAACACUAUAGUAAUCGUGUUAUCAUAUGGGGGUGGUGGAGGAUCAACAAUAUGUGUACCCUAGUGCGAAUAUGGAGCAAUGUAAGAGCCGAGUGGCGGUGCCACCACCUCAACCAUUCUUAAACUCUCUACAAGCCUCAUUGAAGGAGACAUUCUUCCCCGACGACCCAUUGAAGCAGUUUAAGAACCAGCCGAGAUCUAGGAAGUUCAUACUAGGGUUGCAAUACUUCUUCCCCUUCCUCGAGUGGGCUCCGAAGUAUAGUUUGGAGCUCUUGAAGUCGGAUCUCAUUGCUGGAGUCACCAUUGCUAGCCUUGCUAUCCCUCAAGGGAUCAGCUAUGCUAAACUUGCUAACUUACCCCCAGUCCUUGGCCUAUAUUCUAGUUUUGUUCCACCAUUGGUGUACGCGAUGAUGGGGAGCUCUAGAGACUUGGCUGUGGGUACAGUCGCGGUGGCAUCACUCUUGACAGGGUCUAUGCUAAGCACCGUCGUGAAUCCAACCAAGGAUCCCAAACUAUUUCUUCAUCUUGCAUUUACAGCCACCCUUGUUGCUGGAGUUUUCCAAACUUCUUUAGGCCUUUUGAGGUUAGGGUUCAUAGUAGAUUUUCUAUCACAUGCAGCAAUAGUGGGAUUCAUGGGAGGAGCAGCAACAGUGGUGUGCUUGCAACAGCUCAAGGGAAUUUUUGGACUUACUCAUUUCACACAAUCCACAGAUCUCAUCAAUGUUAUGCACUCUGUCUUUUCUCAAGAACACCAGUGGAGAUGGGAAAGUGUGGUAUUGGGAUGUUGCUUCCUCUUCUUCCUGCUUCUCACUAGAUUCUUUAGCAAAAGAAAACCAAAGUUGUUUUGGAUAUCAGCAAUGGCUCCUUUGACAUCGGUUAUAUUGGGAAGCCUACUUGUUUAUCUCACCCAUGCUGAAAAACAUGGUAUCCAAGUGAUAGGUUACUUAAAGAAGGGUAUAAAUCCACCAUCCUUUGGUGACUUUGUAUUCAUUUCUCCUUACUUUCCGGUGGCUCUCAAAACCGGAAUCAUUACCGGUGUCAUUGCUAUGGCUGAAGGAGUUGCUGUAGGAAGAAGCUUUGCCAUGUUUAAGAAUUACAAUAUUGAUGGUAACAAAGAAAUGAUUGCCUUUGGCAUGAUGAACAUUUUUGGGUCUUGCACCUCUUGCUACCUUACCACUGGUCCAUUUUCAAGAUCAGCGGUGAACUACAAUGCAGGGUGUAAAACAGCAGUUUCAAACAUAGUCAUGUCAGUGGCAGUAAUGAUCACAUUAUUGUUCUUAACACCAUUGUUCUAUUACACUCCUCUUGUAGUACUUUCAUCCAUUAUCAUCUCUGCCAUGCUCGGACUCAUAGAUUAUGAGGCUGCUAUCCAUUUGUUGAAGAUUGACAAAUUCGAUUUUAUGGUUUGUAUGAGUGCCUACAUUGGUGUGGUCUUUGGUAGUGUUGAAACUGGCCUAGUGGUCGCGGUUGCAUUUUCUGUGCUAAGGUUGUUACUAUUUGUAGCAAGACCAAGAACUUUUGUUAUGGGCAAUGUGCCAAAUUCGAUUAGUUAUCGAAGCAUUGACCAAUACCCUGCGGCUCAAACUGUCCCUGGGAUACUCAUACUUGAAAUUGGUGCUCCUAUAUUCUUUGCCAAUGCUACUUACUUAAGAGAUAGAAUCAUAAGGUGGAUUCACGAAGAAGAAGAUAGGUUAAAAUCAUCCGGAGAGGCCAAUUUACAUUAUGUGAUUUUGGAUAUGAGUGCGGUUGGAAGCAUUGAUACGAGUGGAAUCAACAUGUUUGAAGAACUUAAGAAGGUUAUGGACAGAAGAGAUCUCAGGCUUGUAUUGGCAAAUCCGGGAGGAGAAGUAAUGAAGAAAUUACAAAGAUCGAAAGUAGUAGAAUUGUUAGGAGAAGAAUGGAUACAUUUGACUGUUGGAGAGGCAGUUGGAAAAUGCACAUACAUGUUGCAUACAUAUAACCCAAAGUCAACUCCGAAGUCAAUGGGUGAUCAAUUAGAGACAUGCACCAGCAACAAUGUUUGAAUUUAGCAACAGAAAUUUGCAAUUAUUUGUUGAUAUAUUGAUAUAAUUAGUUGAUUACUAGUGCAUCAAAAUGAUGCAAUAGUAUGUAAUUUAUAAGCCUUAAUAAGCUUCAAAAUUAUGUUUAAUCUUAAAUUGUAGCCAUUACAAGCUAUUUGAUUUGUAGUCGUCUUUGAAUCAAUUUGUGACAAAUAUUGUUCGUGGAUAUAGAAUU